AUGGCCGUCCGCUGGGAAAACAGCGGCGUCAGCCAACGCUUUGACCACGUGGGCGCCGCGGCAGCCCUUUGUUGUGUACAGAUCGGCUUUAGUUUGCUACAUUUCAUUCCUGCGGUGUUUAUCGGUUCCAUCGUGCUGUGUGCUGAUGAAUGGACAGCAACCAUUCCCAAGUCUGUAAUUGCACUGGAAGGAUCCUGUGUUGUGAUUCCCUGCACAUAUGAUCACCCUGCUAGCUUAAAUAGCUUAUCCAACUAUGCAGUUUGGUACCAGCAGCCUGUAGGAGACGAAAUCCGGCGGAAACCGACUGCUCCUGUGGUUUACCAUGAUGGCGACUCAUAUAAAGUUGACGAAAAUUUCAAAGAUCGCACACUACUGCCUGGACGACGUGACAACGAGAAGAAUUGCUCACUUCAGAUAAACCAUGUAACAAAAAACGAUGCUACUAAUUUAUAUGUCUUCCGAAUCGAGUUCAACCAUGACAAAGACAAAUAUUCCUUCAUUAAGAAAGCAGCAAGUAUUUCUGUGAAAGCGGAGGCUGAGCGUCCAGUGGUGAAAUGGGUGAGGCACGGAGAAGAUAGGGUAAAUGUUUCCUGUUCCGUGGUCCAUUCUUGCCCCUCUCACCCUCCCGCCUUUACCUGGAGCAUCACCGGCGACAUGAUCGACGACAGCCAAUCAGAGGAGCUGAAGGAUGGGCAACACAAGCUGACCUCCCGCAGGAGAAUCCGCAUCGGCGAUGCAAAACAACCAAUCACGUGCACCGUUCAUCACCACGGCGGGAAGACAGUCAGCACAUCCUUAACCAUUGCGGAAUCAUUAGGUAACCAGGGUCAUGAAGGACCUCGGUUUCACACAACAAAUGUGCCUGACACAAGAAACGAACAAGGCCAAGAUGUAGAUUCGGUUCACACAACAGAAGUAGCAACAACCCCUGUUGAAACGACACCUACAGAGUCUGACACAACCCAGACUACAGGAACAGAUAUUGGGAUUACGGUUGUAGUACCUGUGGUGGCCACACUGGCUAUGGGCACUGCUAUACUGGUGAGCCUCUUACUCUAUAGGAAAUACAAGAAAAAACAACCUGCACAGAGUGACCUAUAUUUAGAUACGGUCCCAGGUCAGGACCAGAGUCCUAAGCUGGAGAUGCCAGAUGAGGCAGAGGAGGUGUAUGCCAACUGUGAGGAGAUGAAGAUGAAGACUCACAAACAUCUUGAUGAUGAAGAUAUUUAUGCCAAUACAGAGUUCCUGCAGGAACAGGGGUUAACAAUGGCGGUGAUUCAGGGCCUUGGAGCAGCUAAAGACCUGGAUGACGACAUUUAUGCCAACAUGUAGCAAAGAAAGAAAUUGUAAGAGAAAAGAAAUUAAAAUGUACAGAACGUCAGCUUAGCCCAGAGACAGGGUAAAUGAUCAAGUAAAUCAUAUUAUGCGCACAGUCCAUUCAGCUGUAUUACAGUAACACGUUGAGUAGGGCCAAAUAAACUCAAUUAGCACUCACUCAGCACAGAGAGUCGAAUGUAGCACUUUUCUACAGAGUCUUGAUUGAUUGAUUGUUUGUUUAUUGACAUCACAUUGGCUUCCCCCUUAGAGGAGCACUUCCUCCUGUGGUCAAACAAUUCCUUCAAGUUUUUACAUAGACAUACUCU